GGCCCCGGCUCGGCGGCGGCUCUCCGGUGCGGGCUGGGCGGCCGCCGCGGAACCAGCGCCGGGCCCUGCGCGUCCCUCUGCGGCGGCGGAGCCCUCGCGGUGAGUUCCCCCUCGGCCGAAAGCCGCGGGACCUCCGGCGGCCGUUCACGGGCGUGCGUUGAGCCGAGUCCCCGAGCGCCGCGUUUGGGCGGCCGGGAAGGGGAGCGGGGCCGGGCGGGAGGCGCUGGGGUUGGUGAAGGACGGUGGAUGGGCAGAGAAGGGCAACCGCCGGAAAACUUUGCGAGGCGUGGAGGGGUGGCCUCGGGUUUGGCCUCUGUGCGGCGUUUUCCAUAGAACAACUUUAUCAACUUAUAAACAGAGGGAUUUGGUCAAUUUGCUGUGAAUUUUUGGCUUCGGGGGUCUGCUCGUUGCACACAAGCGCUGUUCUAAUGUUGGCGUUCUGAAAACUUCUUGAUUUUCGGGUUUGACCACCAAAUUAGCAGUAGAAGUAGCAGAGGCGUGCUGUGCCAUUCACCAUUCGCUGUCCGGCUCGAUGCUGGAAGCUCCGUCACCUCGGCUGGACAGCACGGAGCAGCCCUCCCUGCUGCAGCACAGGUGCUGUGGGUUAGGCCUUCUCCCAGCACCUACAUGUGGUCCUCGGGGCUAUCUGUUCUCCCCACAGAGGUCACAGCCUGGAGGUGACAGCCCUACCUUUGUGGUUCUCUGACCCAGAGUGUUUAGAAGUGCUCCUCCUGUAGGUAUCCCUAUCCGUGCAAAGCCAAGCUGGUUUCGAGCAGCCCUGGAUCACUAGAUCUGCAUGCAGUCCCAUCUUCUCAACACAAAAAUGCAUCUUCAGCACUCACUGCCUUCUCCAGUCUGCAGGCACAUCUCUCCGCUACAUCUGUUAAGCCACUGCAAAUCUUUCAACGAAUGUAUUAUUCCAUCAGAAAGAGCACGGUUGGCUAUACAGGCACACACACUGUCUUCCACAUGCUGUGUUAAUAGCAAUAGUUUUUUCGUGUCUCCUGUAAAAAGGACAAGCUUUCCCUGGGAGGUUCAUGUUUUUAGCAGUGACAAGAUGACAAUCCAUAUUUUUACCAAAGGAUCCAGUGAGUCAUCCUAUUAACUCUGCUGAAAUACAUGCUUGCCAAUCGUCCUGCCACGUUAGCCAACCUACAUCACAAUGACUGAGGACUUAGACCACAGGUUCAGUAGACUCACUUGGGAUCAGAUUAAAAUCCUGGAUCAAGUUUUAGCAGAGGUAAUACCCAUUCACGGAAGAGGGAAUUUUCCAACACUGGAAGUAAAACCGAAGGAUAUAAUUCGCGUGGUUAAGGAGCAGCUCAUUGAAAAGCAAAUCAACAUUCGAGAUAUCCGCCUGAACGGUUCGACAGCUAGCCACAUCCUAGUGAAGCAGAAUGGAACAAGUUAUAAGGACCUAGACAUCAUUUUUGGGGUGGAACUUCCAAGCGAGCUUGAGUUUCAGGUUGUUAAGGAGGCAGUUCUUAAUUGCCUAUUGGACUUUUUGCCAAAAUGUGUUAAUAAGGAAAAAAUCACUGCCCAGACUAUGAAAGAUGCCUACGUGCAGAAGAUGGUCAAAGUCUCCACUGAUCACGAUCGCUGGAGCCUCAUCUCCCUGUCAAACAACAGUGGCAAGAAUGUGGAGUUAAAGUUCGUUAAUUCGCUCAGGCGGCAGUUUGAGUUCAGUGUGGACUCCUUCCAAAUCGUGCUGGACUCCAUCUUAAAUGUUUACAGAGAAACAGACUGCAAACUGACUGAAGACUCUCACCCCACUAUUAUUGCAGAGAGUAUGUACGGAGACUUCAAUGAAGCAAUGGACCAUUUAAAAUACAAACUGAUUUCCACGAGGAACCCUGAGGAAAUCAGAGGAGGUGGCCUUCUGAAGUACAGCAAUCUCCUGGUUCGUGACUUUAAGCCAGCAGAUGAGGCUGAAAUUAAAUCUCUGGAACGUUACAUGUGCUCCAGAUUCUUCAUUGACUUUCCAGAUGUUGCUGAGCAGCAAAGGAAAAUUGAGUCAUAUCUGCGCAACCACUUCAUUGGGGAAGAAAAAAGCAAGUAUGACUACUUGAUGACUCUGCGUGGAGUUGUAAACGAGAGCACAGUCUGUCUCAUGGGACAUGAGCGAAGACAAACUCUGAAUAUGAUUACAAUUUUGGCUUUAAAAGUUCUCGGAGAACAAAACAUUAUCCCAAAUGCAGCUAAUGUGACAUGUUAUUAUCAGCCUGCUCCGUAUAUCAGUGACAGAAACUUCAGCAAUUAUUACAUUGCUCAUGGACAGCCACCUAUCAUCUACCAGCCAUACCCAUUUCACAUACAAAUGCAAAGCGGCAUGGUUUAGGAACACAGUAACCUUCUCAGCACUCGCACCCCUCUCUUUCCAGUUCUCUCCGUAAUAAAGGCCUCAUUCAACCAA